CUACAAUGAAUCAGAAUUACAAUGCCAGUCGAUUCAGCGUAAACCGUACCAGUUUAUCCCGAUACAAUGCAAUAUAUUUCUAAAAGUGUUUUUAUUUCAAUACACGGAAAUAUUGGCAAAUAUGACGUAAUGCGGUGUCGUUGGCUAUUCAGGUGCGAAAUGAAAACGAGGCAGUAUACACACUGUGCUACUGUUGAAGAGAGUUAACGGAAGCCGUGUGGUUAAGAUAUGUCUGACAGCUCAAGGGUUUGUACUCAGACAGACGGAACCAUCAAAUAGGACAUGUAUCACGAUGGACGCUUCAUGUAGGUCAGUACUGACAAAGCUGGACUCUUGACACUUUUACCUGAAUCCGAAAGUCCUUUCAUUCAUUGAUAACAACAUGGCGUCAAGUUCGGUGAGUCAGGAGAGUUUAGAUACAGAUGAUUUUGCAACCAGUGCCCGUAAAAGUAAAAUACGUACUCUACGUGCCCGGGGGUUGAAUCCGCUCCCACGGAGCACGGACCGAGAGAGAGAGGAGGAUCCAUGCGACCGUGACCGGUUUGAUGAGGACACGGAUACUCCAGGCUGGGGGGUCAUCCCCGAACACGAAUCACCAUCCCGGUGUUCCGCCGCCAGCCGAACGAAGGACAAGCGCACGCGCCCUAAUCACCUACACAAGGGAAAGUUGCCCAAGGAUAAAAGGAAGCUGAGAGAGAAGAGAAGGAGUACAGGUGUAGGGCUAGGAGGUCUGGCUCACCUAGCAUCUACAGAGAGUACAGGUGACUCCCUGGACGAAGAUGAUGAGGACCCGAAAGGCUCCACCGAGACCAAGAGAAACACGUCGUACAAUGAGAUAAUUGACGAGGACAACCCUCAGACUCCCUCCGAUGAUCACCGCAUUCCAAAAGGUUUCAUUUCCAGAAGGACUAAAAGUCCAUCUGACCUUGAGGCUGACCUUGAAGAUAACCAAGAUUACGACAGUACAGUAAGUCAGUCGGAGACCAAUUUGACUUUAAUCGGAAAAUCCGAUUCCACAGAAUCAAACUAUGUACAUAGUCCUAAGUUGGGGCAUGGACGAAGUGUGUUUGUUCCAACGAAUCAUGUAUCUCCGGAGCCUUACAGACCCUACAACUCUCCCAACAUCAGUGAUCCAGAUUCCAGACUCCCUUCAUCCUCAUCAAACAGUCUUCUUGGUCGCCAGGGUAGGUCCGGAUAUUCCACUACUGCCUCUCGGUGGCGGGAAAUGGAGCGGCACAGCUUGGAUAACAAGAACUUACCUGUGAUUAAACCUUUGACCUCUGUAGUAAAUCGAUACCAAGAACGCAAAUCUGACAGUGAUAAUAACAGUGUUGGUUACAGUGGUUACCGUCACCAUGACAGCGGGGCAGGAGUCGGCCACAGACCCUUUUUAAAUCAGUCCAAAGAGGAUGAUAAACUUCGACUGGAGCAGUUGCUGGAAAAAGAAAAAGAAGAAAACAGAAAAUUGAAGGCGAUGUUAGAAUCUAAAGAUAAGAAAAUUGCUGAGUUGGAGAAGGAAGUAUCUUCAUUAAACAAGGAUCUUGAAGACUUUGAUGAUGAGAACCAGAAACUGGUGUUGGAAAACAACUCACUGAUCCGGGCAGUGUCAAACCUCAGUAUCACCAGUACGCCGGUGUAGGACGGCCGUAAUCCUGUCCAAGUCUUAAUUAACUUCAGUAUCGCCAGCACACCGGUGUAGGACGGCCGUGAUCCUGUCCGAUUUUUAACUUCAGUAUCACCAGCACACCGGUGUAGGACGGCCGUGAUCCUGUCCGAUUCUUAACUUCAGUAUCACCAGCACACCGGUGUAGGAUAGCCAUUCUCUGUACCUCAUACACAGGGCUGAGAAAUGGCUUCAUUAUUAAUUCACUGGAAAAUAUAUGAGGGGCAUGUUCACGAUACAAAUUUCACGUACCAGUAUAUUGCUUCCGGCCCAUACACAGUGUAACUGUCUUUCAAGAAAUCAUAUCUCACAAUUCUUAUAUAAUGUGUUCAUUUUAUUUUUUGUGUGUCAACAAGGAGCUUUAUAGUAGUUUAGUUUUUAUUUAGUUGUUACAGACCUGCAAAUAUAGAUACGUUUAUUAUUUGUUUUUUUGUUGUUGUUGUCGUCUUAUUUGUUGAUAAUAAGGAGUAUAAAACCAUAUCACAACUUGAUCACCUUAUGUAUGCCACUGUUCACAGUGAAUUUUUUUGGUGAGGUUGGGGGUUGGGGUGGGGAUCAUAUUUCAUUUCUUGUCUAAACUUAUAUAUAGGCAGAGUGUAUGUAUGAGAUGGUUGAUAAGAUUUUAGAUCUGUUUAGAAAAUCUGCA